GUACCAGGACAUGAGGAGACAGAUCGGCUUUGAGAUCAGAGACAUGUGGUACCAGGACAUGAGGAGACAGAUCGGCUUUGAGAUCAGAGACAUGUGGUAUAAUCUAGGCAUGUGUGUUUCUGUGUGUUUCAGGUACCAGGACAUGAGGAGACAGAUCGGCUUUGAGAUCAGAGACAUGUGGUAUAAUCUAGGUCCACACAAGAUCAAGUUCAUCCCAGAGAUGGUGGGUCCCAUCCUAGAGAUGACUCUGGUCCCAGAGAUAGAGCUGAGGAAAGCUACCAUCCCCAUCUUCUUUGACAUGAUGCAGUGUGAAUUCCACUUCACAUGCAGCUUCCAAAGGUUUGAGAAUGAGAUCAUCACCAAACUGGAUCACGAGGUGGAGGGGGGCAGAGGAGACGAGCAGUACAAAGUCCUCUUCCACAAGAUUCUGUUGGAACACUGCAGGAAACACAAGUACCUGUCUAAGAGUGGGGAGAGCUUUGUGAACCUGGUGGUUCGUCUGUUGGAGAGGCUCCUGGACUACAGGACCAUCAUGCACGACGAGAACAAGGAGAACCGGAUGAGCUGCACCGUCAACGUGCUGAACUUCUACAAGGAGAUAGAGAGAGAGGAGAUGUACAUCAGGUACCUGUACAAGCUGUGUGACCUCCACAAGGAGUGUGACAACUACACUGAAGCUGCCUACACACUGCUGCUGCACGCUAAGCUGCUGAAGAUGUGGGAGGAAGCCAUCGUACUAGGAAAGGAGCUGGCAGACCAGUAUGAGAAUGAGAUGUUUGACUUUGAGCAGCUCAGUGCCUCCUUGAGGAAACAGGCUCAGUUCUACGAGAACAUUGUGAAGGUGAUCCGGCCCAAGCCAGACUACUUCGCUGUGGGAUACUAUGGAGUGGGCUUCCCUUCCUUCCUCAGGAACAAGAUGUUCAUCUAUAGAGGGAAGGAGUACGAGAGGAGAGAGGACUUUGAGGCCAGACUGCUCACCCAGUUCCCCAACGCGGACAAGAUGAAGACGACCACGCCGCCCGGCGAGGACAUCAAGACCUCUUCCUCACAGUGCAUCCAGUGUUUCACCGUCAAGCCGGUUUUAGAACUCCCUUCAAAGUUCCAGAACAAACCCGUCUCUGAGCAGAUCGUCAG